UACAACAGAAGCUAGCUAGCAUUAGCUGUUUACAAGCCCAAACUUUUAACUUGAGACGGAAACCUAAAGCGAGCCCUUCCCUUAAUCCAAAAUGAAUGUAAUAGAUCAUGUACGGGAUAUGGCUUCCGCCGGCCUUCACUCUAAUGUUCGGAUAUUGAGCAGUUUGUUGCUAACGAUGAGUAAUAACAACCCAGAGCUGUUGUCGCCGGCACAGAAGUACCAGCUGUUGGUCUACCACGCCGAUGCCAUCUUCCAUGAUAAGGAAUAUCGUAAUGCUGCCUGCAAAUACAGUAUGGCAUUGCAACAGAAGAAGGUGCUCAGCAAAACAUCUAAAGUUCGCACCUCUACUGGCGGAGCUGCAUCUAACAUCCAGGCGCAGAGUUUGCCCUCAGAAAUUGAGGUAAAAUACAAGAUUGCUGAGUGCUACACCAUUUUGAAACUGGAUAAAGACGCCAUUGCAGUGCUUGAUGGGAUCCCGUCCAGACAGAGGACACCAAAGAUCAACAUGAUGCUAGCUAACCUGUACAGGAAAGCUGGUCAGGAGCGUUCUGCAGUGACAAGCUACAAAGAGGUCCUCAGACAGUGUCCCCUCGCCCUGGACGCAAUCAUCGGACUUCUCUCUUUAUCAGUCAAAGGAGCUGAAGUGGCGUCGAUGACUAUGGAUGUGAUCCAGAGUAUCCCAAACCUGGACUGGCUCUCUGUUUGGAUCAAAGCUUAUGCCUUCAUACAUGCGGGGGACAAUCAAAGAGCCAUCAACACUAUCUGCUCUCUUGAGAAGAAGUCUCUGUUACGGGACAACGUGGACCUCCUGGUGAGCCUGGCAGACGUCUACUUCAGGGCAGGUGACACCAAGAACGCCAUUCUCAAAUUUGAGCAAGCCCAGAUGCUGGACCCGUAUCUCAUCAAAGGGAUGGAUGUUUAUGGCUACCUGAUGGCUCGCGAAGGACACUUGGAGGAUGUUGAAGUCCUGGGAGGACGAUUAUUUAAUAUCUCUGACCAGCACGCAGAACCCUGGGUGAUCUCUGGUUGUCACAGCUUUUAUAGCAAGCGUUACUCCAGAGCACUCUACCUGGGAGCAAAGGCCAUCCAGCUGAACAGCAACAGUGUCCAGGCUCUCCUCCUGAAGGGCGCAGCACUGAGAAACAUGGGGCGAGUCCAAGAGGCCAUCAUCCAUUUCAGGGAGGCCAUGCGCCUGGCUCCCUGCAGACUAGACUGCUAUGAAGGUCUGAUCGACUGUUACCUGGCGUCCAAUGGGAUUCGAGAGGCCAUGGGGAUGGCCAAUAACAUCUAUAAGACUCUAGGAGCCAAUGCACAAACUCUGACCAUUCUUGCCACGGUGUGCCUGGAAGACCCGGUGACUCAGGAGAAAGCCAAAACUCUGCUGGACAAAGCACUCGCCCAGAGACCCGACUACACCAAGGCUGUGGUGAAAAAGGCUGAACUGCUCAGUCGAGAACAGAAAUAUGAAGAAGGGAUCGCUCUCCUCCGGAACGCAUUGGCCAAUCAGAGUGAUUGUGUCCUGCACAGAAUGCUGGGAGAUUUCCUGGUGGCUGUUAAUGAUUACCAAGAGGCCAUGGAUCAGUACAGCAUAGCACUAAGUCUGGAUCCCAACGACCAGAAGUCCUUAGAAGGCAUGCAGAAGAUGGAGAAGGAAGAGAGUCCGACAGACGCAACGGUGGAGCUGGACGGUGACGACAUGGAGGGCAGCGGAGAGGACGGCGAUCUGGAGGGCAGCGACAGCGAAGCGGCACAGUGGGCCGAUCAGGAACAGUGGUUUGGGAUGCAGUGACCCCGGCCAUCAAUACACAGUCACUGCUGUGACCUGUGGGGAGCUUUCGGCCUUCGGGGUCGUCAAACAAGACAACGGCGCGUCUGAUGCUGUUUUUCUCAAUAUUCUGACAACAGCAGAUACUGAACUCCCAAGAGUCAAACUCUGUUGUAAGACAACUCAAUUGCUCAAUAUUUGUGAAUAUUAGGAAAUAUCUCUGACACUAUUUUGGUUAUUUUUUCUGCACUUUUUAAUUUUAGCAGUCCAUGGCUACCUGAAUAAACGCAUCACUGUCCCAGGAAGUGCAAAGUAAAACUUAAAUAUACUUAUUACAAAAGGAGUGUCAGUGUGUCAGAAACGACCCACUCUGGAUCCUUUUUGAGGUUGAGUUUCUGAGCACACUACAGAGCAGCUCCUGGGCAAUGUGUACGGGGAAAUAAAGACAGAAGCAAUAGUCAGAAUCAAAAAGGUCUGAUGAGAGAUUUUGUUCAGGCCAAAUAAUGUCUGGAGUUAUCCUCCACAUGUGUUAUUGGAGGGACUGGGGGAUUUUUUUAAAAUUAGUGUUAUGUUUGAGCCUGACUCACAGUUGUUUGCUGCAGAGAAGGCAAAGUGUGGAUCACAGUAACAGCUGUGAAUAACUUUGUUUCUCUGACAGAAAACAGGGAGUCUGUGAAAAAGUGACUAUGUACCAUAUUUAUAAUACAUCAUCUUAAUUUGUCACAUGAGAAUGUGUCAUGUAACAUACAUGAUAUUGACUUCGGUGUAUGGUGUCUGCCUUUCUGUGUACAAAAAAAUAACCUUAUGAUUGACUCAAGUGUUACUUAACCAUUUCAAGAUAAAUGUUUAUAGUAUUUUGUACAUAUUUUUAAAGUGUAUAAUAAAAUUAUUAACACACUCACUUGA